UCUGGCCAUCCUCUGCGCGCUCUGGCUCUUCGCCCCGGACAAACUGUGGUGGGGUGCGCUCGGUCUCCUAAAAGUUGACCGAAUUUAGCGCAGAAGAGUCGGGCAGAGUUGCAUUUGGGGUUUUUAUUCGGGGUGCACAGGAGUGUCGUAUGAUUCGGGUUUGAGGGUGAUUUAUUUUGCAGAUUUAUCAUGGAGGCGCUGAAAUGUCUCCUUGCGCUCCUGUGCGCUCUCCUGGUUGGAGCACAGGACGAGAACAUAAAACAAAGCUUUAGGGACUGUCCCGUGGACCUUUUCUUUGUGCUGGAUACAUCUGAGAGUGUCGCCCUCAGACAGAAGCCCCCCGAAUUUUAUAUCAACCAGAUCAAAGAAUUCACCAAAGAGUUCAUAGAUGAGCUCAAGGAAGUGCAACACCAAUGUGACCGUGUCGUGACGUGGAACUCAGGAGCCCUGCACUACAGUGACGAAACCAUCCUGGUGCGACAUCUGAGCAACAUGCGCACAGAACGCCAGGCCCUAAAGAAUGACAUUGACCAGAUCAGCUACAUUGGAAAGGGCACCUACACCGACUGCGCCAUCAAGAGAGGCCUGGGAGAGCUGCUUGUUGGGGGCUCCCACUACCAUGAGAACAAGUACAUUGUGGUAGUGACUGACGGCCAUCCUAUCACUGGCUACAAAGAGCCAUGUGGGGGGGUGCAGGAGGCUGCCAAUGAAGCCAGGCAGCAUGGAGUUAAAGUGUUCGCUGUGGCCAUCUCACCUGACCAGGAGGAUACCAGACUGGCCAUCAUCGCCACGGACCAGAGCUACAGGCAGAACUUCACUGCUGCAGACGAAACCAGAUCCGCCCAAAAAAUUGAAACUAUUCGAACCAUCAUCAGUAUGAUUACCAAUGAGACCAAGGAUGUGUGCUGCUCCUUUGACUGCAAUCCUCCUGGAGGGCCAAAAGGACCAGACGGGGAACCUGGCAGCCCUGGAGAGAGAGGUCGACCGGGAAUGCCAGGAGAGAAAGGUGAUGUCGGCCCAGGGGGCAAUACUGGUGAUCCUGGUCCAGUUGGAUACACUGGGAUGAAGGGAGACCGUGGUAUAAAAGGAGACAAGGGUGGAAGAGGACACAAAGGCUACAAGGGAGGCAAAGGUGAAAGAGGGUUGGAUGGAAUCGAUGGACGCAAGGGUGAACCGGGUUUCCCCGGCCUUCCUGGCUGUAAAGGUGCUCCUGGAUCUGAUGGCCUGAAGGGAGAGCCUGGACCGAAGGGUGACUCUGGUCCUUAUGGAAGAAAAGGAGAUAAGGGAGAACCAGGAAGAGCCGGCGAACCGGGAAGACCUGGAAACUAUGGGCCUCCAGGACCUAAGGGAGAUCCGGGCUCUCGUGGACCUCCUGGGGACAGAGGAGAUCGUGGUGAUGAUGGCCGACCCGGACCACCCGGACAAAAUGGAGAAGGCGGGAAAAUCGGUGACAAGGGGGAGCCAGGUCCUCGAGGAAGGAGAGGCGGUAAAGGAGACCCUGGCGAUCCGGGACCACGUGGAGAGCCAGGAAGGGAGGGCACAACCGGUGACAACGGAGAACCUGGUGAUCCAGGAAGAGCAGGCCCUCCUGGCUACAGGGGAGACGAAGGUGAAGCUGGACAAGAGGGCCCCAAAGGACCAAAAGGAAUCAAAGGAGCACCAGGAGACAGAGGCUCAAUGGGAGAUAGGGGAGAGCCUGGUCUUCCAGGGAAUGGCACAAAAGGCUGUCAAGGCUUCCAAGGUUAUCCUGGUACCCGUGGAGACCCUGGUGAGCCGGGUAGCAAGGGAACUCCCGGACCUAAAGGAGAUGACGGAGAGCCUGGAGAUCCAGGCAGAGAUAACAACGAGCCAGGACCUGCUGGAGACAAAGGGGCCAAAGGUCACCGUGGACGAGAGGGCGACCCGGGUCCUCCUGGGCCGCCUGGACCACCAGGAACUGAUGAAUGUGAAAUUCUGGAUAUCGUCAUGAGGCUCUGCUCUUGUUGUGAGUGCAGGUGUGCUCCAGUGGACCUGGCAUUUGUUGUGGACAGCUCCGAGAGUAUUGGUGCAACAAACUUUGCACUUGCUAAAGACUUCAUCAUUGCUGUUAUUGACAGACUGAUUAAAGACCAUCAUGUCAAGUUCUCAUCCAACCAUUCCACCCUCAGCGUCGUCCAGUACAGUGGAUCCAAAGCCCAAGAAUAUGUGAUCUUAGGCUCUAGCCUCACCGAGUUUAAAGAGUCAGUAAGAAACUUGCGCUGGCUGGCAGAGGCCACCUAUACAGGCGAGGCUCUUGGGUUCUCUCUGGAUCAAACAAUUAGUAAGAUGAGGAAAGAUAAUAAAGUCGUUCUUGUUCUCACUGAUGGACGCUCUGAUACUACUAGAGACCCGGAGCCCCUCGAUAUUCUCUGCAAUAAAGGCAUUUUGGUGGGCGGUUUAGGAAUUAAGGACUAUUCAGGCCGUCAACCAAGCUUUGAGCAAGUUCUACAACUGUCAUGUUCGACUCAAGCCAAACCAGGAUUUUCCUUUAUCCUGGAUAACUAUGCUGAGCUGCUGGAGGAUCAAUUCUUGCAGAAUCUCACAAAUAAAAUUUGUCAAGAAAAGAAAUGCCCAGACUACAAAUGUCCAAUCUCCUUCUCUCAGAGUACGGACAUUUUGAUAAUGAUGGACAGCUCAGCCAGUGUGGGCCAGAAGAACUUUGAGAUAAGCAAGACCUUUGUCAAACGCAUGGCGGAACGUUUCCUCACUGCCCAAGCACCUACUGGUGUCACAGUCAGAGUGGCUGUGGCUCAGUAUAGCCAACGCAAUCCACGUAUGGAGCACACCUUUGAAUCCAAUUACACCCUACUGUUUCCUAGCAUUGAGAGUGCCCAGUUCCAGAAUGAGGGCACCAACUUGUUAGAGGCCUUGCAAUUUGCCAUUACGGCUCGUGUCCCACCGGGUGUACCUGCAGGUAAGAGGAAGCUGCUGUUGUUCUCUGACGGGAGGUCCCAAGGAGUCACCAGGGCCCUACUGGAAAGCAGAGUCAGAGAAGUGCUGAGCUCAGGCAUCGAGAUCUUUGUCAUCUCAGCGGGAAGCCAGGUCAACAAUGAAAAUCUCAGCAUUCUAGUGAACAAAGGACAACAAGACAACGGCUACGCUCAGCGCCAUAUGUUCCGUGUUGCUGACUACGAGUCUCUGCUUCGUGGAGUCUACUACCAAACCGUCACCCGCAAGGUCUCCUUGACCUAAGUGGGAACUAAAAGGACAAUCAUGUUUUACAUUCUUAGACCCAUUAUGAAUAUUCAGUGUCAUUCAUUUACUGUACACAGGCUUCAAUUAUGUUUGGAAACAAGAAAAGUUAGAGUCACAAAUGAUUAUUUGACAGAUAAAAAAUUUUUUUUUUUUACAGAAGGACACUUUUACUUUGAGUUCUUCCUCCUAGGUAGACCAUUUUAGACUCUGUAUACCACAACCCAAUGAAUCCUCUGAGACCCUGUGUGAAACUAAACUGAGGAGAUACUCCAGCCUGGAGGUAGAACUCAAAGUAGAACGGUCAGAAUUCAAAGGAGUGUAAUUUGAUCCUGGAGAGUCAUCAGUGAUAGCCAUAUUUUAAGGUAUUUUUACUCUACAUCCGGACUGGUUCCUCCUCAGGUACUCUGUACUAUUGUAUUCGAC